UAAUAAUUCAUCAUUUUCAUGUUCGAAAUUUUAAGAAUUCUCAAUUCGCAAUUAUAAUUGGAAUGUAUAAAUAUGAAAAGAAAACUAAAAUAUAUCCUAACAAUUCUAUGGUUUGCCUACCUGAUAACCGCCUCGAUACUCCUAUUCAAAAAAGGAUUUUUGUUAACCCGGGAAGUCCAAGAUAAAAAUGCAACUUGUUCGCUACUAGCACCACUUGAAAGGAAUUGCCCUUCAGCCCAUGAUGAAAGUGUUGAUUGUAUUUCAAAUGACAGGAUAUUAAUGCAGUCUUUAUUCGACAAUGCAAAUAGUUUUUGUUACAAAACUAAUACCAAAGUUAUAUUGCUUGUUGUUGAUGCUUUACGCUAUGACUUUACAGUGUAUGAUGAAGAAAAUUCUGAUCCUUUGCCAUAUGAAAAUAAACUACCAGUUAUCAGGAAUGUUUUGAAAGAAUUUCCAGAGAGUUCUCAUUUGUAUAAAUUUAUUGCCGAUCCGCCUACAACGACUAUGCAAAGACUGAAGGCAUUAACAACAGGAAGUCUUCCCACUUUCAUUGACGCUGGUUCCAAUUUUGCUACUUCAGAGAUAAACGAGGAUAAUAUUAUUGAUCAGGUUAUCAAAAAUGCAGGAAAGGUCAUUUUUAUGGGUGACGAUACAUGGGCUAACUUGUUUCCAAAAAGAUUUCUAAGGAAUUACCCAUAUCCUUCUUUUGACGUUUGGGAUUUAGAUACAGUGGACAAGGGAGUGAUGUCAACACUUAUUCCAGAACUUAAGAAUUCCGACUGGAAUUUUUUGAUAGGUCACUUUUUAGGGGUGGAUCAUUGUGGACAUAGAUAUGGUCCAAACCAUCCAGAAAUGACUAGGAAAUUAUCAGAAAUUAAUAAUGCAAUUGAGUAUGUUAUGACAAACAUGGAUGAUGAUAUGAUCCUUUUUGUUAUUGGGGAUCAUGGUAUGACUGUCACAGGUGAUCACGGUGGUGAAAGUCUAGAUGAAACAACAGCAGCAAUGUUUGUUCACUCCAAACAAUCCCUUUUACCUUUCGAUAGGCAAAAACGAGCCGUCAAACAAGUUGAUCUUGUUCCUACCCUAUCUGCAUUACUGGGCAUACCCAUACCUUUUCAAAAUUUAGGUAUUCUAAUAAAAAGUGCCUUGCCUAUGCCUAAUUAUAAAACAGGCCCAAACUAUAACACUUGGCAAUUACCAUUAUUUUGGUUGUGGGGUAAUCUAGAGCAGGUUAUAAAUUAUAUUAGAGAAUAUUCAAAAAUGUCAAGUAUAUUUGAUGAAGAAUAUUUGAAGAUGCAUUUUGAAACAUACGAAUCUUUGCGUGAAGAAUUACCUUCUAUAGAUUCUGAAGAGAAAUUUCUAAAAUUUAGCAAAAAGGUUGAAGAAUUUUUAAUUAAAAUCCGAACUCUAUGUGAAGAAGUUUGGAUUCAAUUUGAUGCUUUUUCAAUAAGUAAUGGCCUCACAUUUUUAUUUCUAUCCAUAUUUUUUAUGUUCAUUAUAAGCGAUGGUAUACCUUUAAAAGACUUGCCAUUAGCUAUUGAAGGCUCUUUUGUUAUAGUUUGCAUUAUAGGAUUGAUAUUUUCUGUUAUAGCUGUCGCUGUAUUAAGUUUUUCUGAUAUUAUCGGAGAUUCACUUUAUAGCAGCAUUUUAAUAACAAAUAUUUUAUCUCACUUGAUGUUUUUGUUACCCUUGAUUCAAAAUUGGGGCGUGAUAAGCUUUAAUUGGCACACAAAAAACAAAACUUAUGGAAUUAUAAAUUUCAUGUGCAGAUUUGUUUUGAUUUUUAGUGUUGCUGGAGUAUUUUCCAAUAGCUUUAUCAAUGAGGAAUCUUCAGUAUUAUUGUUUUUAUUAGUCACUGUUAUUCUCCUAAAUAUAUUAGGGAUUGCUUCUUUUCUUAAAAAUGAAUCUAAUACCAAGAAGAAAAAUUCUGACACUAUAUCAAUGGGACUUUUUUUGAAACUAGCCUUUGGAGCAGUUGUUAUUUUAGUUUUACUUAGGACUUCAAUGUAUUUUUGGCGAUGUCGAAUAGAACAAGAGUGGUGCUUCAAAGGCUCUAAUAGUGAAAUUGGUAAUAAUUAUAAAUCUGAGUCGUCAAAGCUUCAAUGGUGUUACAGUGUCGUCUCUUUAUCUUUAAUGUUAAGUUUAAUAAGAAUGUGGCUUAAAAAGUGUGGGAAUUUGAAUGGAAAUUUAAUACCGGAAAUUUUUACUAAAUUAAUUCCAAAUGUUAUUCUUGUUUGCAUAGCUGGAUUUUGGGUUUUGCAGAAAUUGUCAGGAAAUACUAGUUCUGUUUCUAGAAUGAGUAACUAUCUUGCUUUAUCUGUGUAUUGUUUAACUUUUAUCUCUUUAACAGUAUUAUUAUUCAAGCCUCUCUGCGUUAGUAUAAUAUUUACAGGCAACGAUGAACAUUCAAAUGUGAUUUCAAAUAUUUUUAAUAAAAUCAAAGGAACUUUGAACAAGAAAAAUAAUGAUAAUGGUGCUCCAAUUGUGUGUGGUUUGGGCACUGCCUAUAGCGCAGUCUACAUACUAAUAAGUAUUUAUUUCACAUUUUUGUUUGCCCUAGUUUUAGGGAAUGUAUUUGCCUUUUCUGUUGUUAUUAUGAUAGUGGUAGGAUCAUUUUUCUUGUUGGCAACUUCAAUUUUGAGGAUUAAAAUGGCAGAAACACCUGAUGAUCUACUAAAUGUUCCUACUAUAGCCAUACUUGGCUGGAUCCUGCUUUCUCAAUAUUUCUUUUUUGCCACUGGUCACCAGCCAUCUUUUCCGAACGUUGCCUGGGAGUCAGCCUCCAUUGGAACCUCAGGGCUUAUUACCAACACUUACGUUUUAGGCGCCCUUAUAAUCUUGAAUACUUUUGGGUCCUACAUGUUAGCAGGAAUGUUAUUACCUUUGCUUGUUAUUGCACCAUUUACAUUGCUUAUUCUAAUGCCAUCUCUAGUAGGAAGACAAAAGGAAUUUGCAGGAGGGCCUCAGAAAGGUGAAAUGAUUUUGUUUGAAAAAGAGAGAUUGACUAUGUCUACUCUAUUUUCCGUUUCUUGUAAAUAUAUUGCUGGACAUAGCAUUAAGGUAUUUGCUAUUAUGUUAGCAGCCACGAUUCAUUGUCGUCACUUGAUGGUAUGGAACGUCUUUGCACCAAAAUUUAUUUUUGAGGCUAUAGGACUUUUUGUAACAUCAGCUUCAGUAUUAUUGGGUUUUUUAAUUUUCUUAAGAGUGCAUUCUCAGGUAGAACAAUUCGUGAACAAACUAAAUAAGAUGAAUUAAGACUGUUAGAUUUAAGUCUUACCUGCCAAAGAAUAAAAUGAUUUUAAAUAAAGUUUCGUUUUUUAUUAAAAAAGAACAACAAAAAAAUCAGUUUUAUUCAACAAAAUUUUGUAAAUUUCAAACUUAAAUCACAAAAUAUAAAUUUAAUAAACCUAAGUCCCAAUUUUUGUUACCGUUCCAAUUUUUGCCUUGUCUGUCUUUUAUCUAUUGAUUUUAUAUUUUCUUUAGUUUCCUUUUUAAUUUUUGCUACUUCUUUUUCUACUGCUACAUUUUUAAAUUCAAUUUUUUUUUCUUCAUCUUCGUCAAAUAGAGCAUUAACUUCCAGCAGCCUGUUAUGUUUUGGUGAAAAACUAAGAUUUAAUUUCUGCUUGAGAUUGUUCUUAGUUUCAAAAAUGGAUAAUAAACCUUUGUCACCUACGUUGCUUUCUUGCGAUUCUAAUAUCCAAGCAGCAUUUCUGAUUUCUAUUUUAAAUCGCUCUAAUUCUUCCAUACUAACAUUUUUGCUUACAUUUAAACCCUUUUCUAAGGGAUUUACAAUGUAUAAAGGACUGUAUUCGGGCUUUGCUAUCGCAACUGCCUCAUUGAGACAUAUAGCCUUAUUCAUAAAGUCAAACUGUGCAUAAUACUCAAAAAAUUCAAAGAGCAAAGAAUGAAGGGAACUAGUAUUUUGUCUUUCAAAAUGUAGUUUUUUUAUAUCGCGUAAAAAUGUACCAUUUAUACCAUCUUCAGUUACAUAAUUAUCAUAAGGAC